UUUCCUAUCAAUCUGUGUUGGUUCAUGCCUUGCUCUCAUUCCUUUCUCUUCCCUCGUAUUUUGAUUUGACAAUCGCUUGCCACAGCAACGCAGUGCCUUCAGCAUGGGCCAACUGACCGAUGACUGCAAAGAGGAGUUGAUGCACGAAGGAUUCGAAUGGAGCAACACGCCAGAGAUGGAUAUAAUUUGCUUUCAGAAUGUUUCAUCCAACCACACGGUAUCUCCUUCCAGCUUCCGCUUUGUUUGUGUAGAUUUCCUUUGAUCUUUUUCUUUCUCAUUCUGCCUAUCUCCUUUUUCUCCUUGUGACUGCACGAAUUUCCUCCUCAUAAUCGGAGGACUUGGCUUCACGACUCACUGCAUGUUGCAAACAACAGAUGGCAUCGUCGAGUUGGUCCAAAACGCGACUAAGUGAGGAGCAAGUUGCGAAAAUCUUCCUUCUCCGACCAAACUUCGCCAAUGUGUCGACCUUCGACUUGAGUAAGGCUCCUUUCCUGCACCGCCCCGCCCUUGACUGGGCAACUUGCGGGAACUUGCAGGCAAGUCUUACAAAGUGAGCAAGAAGACGAUAAGAGACAUCUGGAACU